AUGGCUGGUGCCAAAUUGGACAUUAAUGAAUGUGCAGGUGACCCAUGUGCCAAUGGUGGAAUCUGUAUUGAUAAACUCGCUGCCUAUGAAUGUAAUUGUACUGUAGGAUGGGAAGGCGAAAACUGUGAAAUAGAUAUUAACGAGUGUGCCAGCAUUCCAUGCUUGAAUGGAGAUACAUCGCCCUGUGCAGAAGACCCUUGCAUGAAUGGUGGAACGUGUGUUGGGUUGAGUACGGCAGUCUACAAGUGCAACUGCAUUGCUGGUUAUGUAGGAGAAAACUGUGAAGUGGAUGUGAAUGAAUGUUUCAGUGACCCUUGCCUAAAUGGGGGUACUUGCAAUGAUCUGGUUGACAUGUAUCAGUGUGAGUGUGUCAUCGGAUUCGCUGGCGUCAACUGUGAAGAAGAUGAUCGUCCCCAACUUGAGAUCGUCCGAAUCUGGAGCGAUGCUAUCACCGUCUACUGGACUGUGCUCAUCGAGGUCGAGUGGUUCAGGUUUGAGUAUCGGAAGGCUAACGGUUCAGAGUGGAUCACGAGUGACCUUAUGAGCGGAGAAAGACGUCUGUACAGUCUUAUUGAUCUUGAGAGUGAGACCAUCUAUGAACUGCAGCUUGUGAUGAGGAGGGCUGUAGGGGGGAGCGUCGCUACCACUGUACCGAUCACAGUUGUGACUUGUCAAAGAGGUUUCAGUGGAGAAAACUGUUCCCAAGAUGCAACAGGCCUGCCAUUCAACAUACAAAUCCAGACAGCUCGGACCAACUCUCUCACGGUGACUUGGGAUGCAGACUUCACCCCUCCCACCAACAACCGCAUCCAGCUCCAGUAUCGACGCUAUGGAACCACCACCUGGAUACCCGGACCAAGGGUUGUCGAUGUCUCCCAGGGGAUAGCCGAUAUUCCUUCCCUGAGAGGAAACGAGUACUACGAGGUCAGGAUCUAUGUUGGAGAUCUGGACAUUCAGCUUUUUAAUUACACCUUGGUUAACAGGUUCUAUACGUGUGAGCCCAACCGGGUUGGACCAAACUGUGAAAACGAAUACAGGAUAUGUACUAUUUGGGGAGAUCCCCAUUACAUCACCUUUGAUCAAGUCUCGUACAACUACCAGGGAGACUGCGAAUACACCCUGGUAACCGAUGACUGCAUGGCCUCAGAGAACCCUGCCACCUUGCCGAGCUUCCAUCUGUGGAGUGACAAUGUGAAGCGUUUGCCCUCGGACAGGGUGGCUUUCCUACGAGAGAUCGGGUUGGAGCUGGAUGGGACGUUGUUUACUGUCGAGAGAGACCAUGUCCUCAGGAUUGAUGGAAUCAACGUGACGCCCCCUCUGAGGUCUGGACAGGUGUUUAUUUUCUACACUGGAUCACAUACAAUCAUUGCAACUGACUUUGGCCUACGCGUAAAAUACGAUGGAGAGUUUAGAGCUGAAAUCACACUUCCAGAUACAUACAAGAACAUCACUUGCGGUCUGUGUGGUACAUAUGAUGGCCUUCAGGAUAAUGAGUAUACUAAGGAAAAUGGUCUAGUGGUGACAUCUGCCCGUGAGUUUGCCAAUAGUUGGACUCGAUCUGAUUGUGAUAUUCCAUUACAAGAUGAUACUCCGUGCUUGGAUGAUGGAACAAGGACUCAGGCACAGGAACUCUGUGACAUUCUUAUUGAUGAAAGUGGUGUACUUGGUGAUUGCUUCGGUGUCGUUGAUCCAGCGAUGUACUACGAUGCCUGCGUGUACGAUCUGUGUUUUACUCUCCCGGAGGAUGAUCUGCUCUGUGCUGACGUCGAUUCCUAUGCAUCGGCCUGUAGGGAGGCUGGAGGAGUUCCCGGAAACUGGAGAGCAGAGCUUACUCAGUGUGAGGUGACUUGUCCUGUCAACUCAACUUUCCAGACUUGUGCCAGUGGCUGUCAACCUGCCUGUUAUGACAUGAACCUUCAGGCUAACUGCCCGGUGUCCUGUGUCGAGGCAUGUGUUUGUGACGAGGGUCUGGUCUUGGAUGGUGAUAAGUGUGUUGACCCUCAAAACUGCGGUUGUUUGGGGCCACUUGGUGAAUACCGCUCUCCUGGUGAAACGUGGACUUCUAAUGACUGCAGUUUGAAAUGUACCUGUUCCGGAGGGAGCGUACUUUGUUCCAGUGGACCUUGCGGAAAUAACGAGGAGUGCACCAUUAAGAGAGGGGUCAGAGACUGUUACUGUGUGGACGAAUACUCUAGAGAUGAUAAUCAAGAAUGCGUGAGAGAUCCAGGGCGUUGUGUUGUUCGCGGGGAUCCCCAUUACCGGACCUUCGACCGUCACCGCUACAACUUCCAAGGCGAUUGCGAAUACACUCUGAUCAGACCUUGCAACAACAACAACAGCAGUCUUGAGGACUUCCAUCUCUGGGGCAACAACCGAAAGAACAGUCCCUCUGAUAGAGUGUCCUACUUGAGAGGCUUUACUCUGGAGUAUAAUGGGACGUUGUACAGGGUGGAGAGUGGGAAUAAGGUGUUUUUCAACGGGAGGAGACUCUUGGGUUCUCUCUUCAGCUAUGGCAAUGAUGUCAGGAUACAGUGGGAUAGUGAGUACCUGUACUUGGUGACCUCUUUUGGAUUGCAAGUUGUUUAUGACGGCAAGCACACUGCAGAUAUAGACCUGAGCUAUGAUUACUGGACCAAGACAUGCGGCCUAUGCGGUACCUUUGAUGGCGAUGAUGGAAACGAAUACAGACGCCAAGAUGGGUCGCAGACACCAUACUUGACGGUCUUUACCCAGGACUGGGUCGUUGACGCCGCAACCUGCAAUGGGGAAUCCCCUGAACCACCUGUGUGUGAAGGAGACACGUAUGAGGAUGCACUGGACCUCUGUUAUAUUUUCAGCUACAUUGAUAGUCCUCUGUCCGAGUGCUUUGACUAUGUAUCACCUCGUGAUAUCUAUGAGGACUGUGUCUAUGACUCGUGUGCCCUCGGUCCUGACUUUGAUAUAUGUGACUACAUCCAGGAAUAUGCCUUGAUCUGUAUGGAUGAAGGCAUUGAUCUUGGAGAUUGGAGAUCAGAGGUUCCAGAAUGUGCUAUAACCUGCACUGGAGGUAAAGUGUACCAGACCGGAGCGAGUGCGUGUCAACCGACCUGUGGGUUCCAGCCCUCUGGCCCCUGCACCCGCCCCUCCUACGACAGGUGCGUCUGUCCAGACGGCCUCGUGGAGGAUGGAGACCGGUGUGUUGACCCUAACGAGUGCGGGUGUGAUUUCUUCUACGGAGGAGAGAACAUCCACAUGGAGUCUCGCUCUGAAUGGAUCAGUGAUACCUGCGACCGCCGUUGUACCUGUACAGGAAUCACCCUGACCUGUUCCGACAUAGAGUGCGGAGAGUUUGAAGAAUGCAUCAUCAAGGGCGGGGUCAGGGAUUGCUACUGCUUUGACAGGUUCACCCGCAACGAGGACGAUAUAUGCAUCAGAGCUCCCGGGGAAUGCACCGUUUGGGGUGACCCUCACUACAGCACCUUCGACAACGGUAGGCACGACUUCCAGGGAGAUUGUGAGUACACCCUGGUUAGACCGUGCACCGAUCGUACCGAUCUCGUCGACUUCCACCUCUGGGGGGAUAACAAGAAGAUCCAACCUUCACAGACGGUGUCGUACCUGAGGGAGAUUGUGCUUGAGGUGAACGGCACCAGCAUUGCAAUCAGGCAGAACCGUGAGAUCCUGGUGAACGGAGCCAGGAGGAUGGCUCCCAUUAGGAUGAACAAUGGCAUCAUGAUACGUACUGAAGGUGCCUACUCGAUCAUUGAGACUAAUUUUGGGUUGGAAGUGCGAUAUGACGGUGGAAGCACUGCCCAUAUUAAGAUUUCAUAUGACUACUGGAAUGCUACAUGUGGACUUUGUGGUACCUUUGACGACGACAGCACCAAUGAAUUCAGGUUACCAGACGGCAGUGUGACAUCAUCUGAAAAUGUCUUUGGUAAUAGUUGGGUGUUAGAUGCCUAUGAGUGUGACCCCGAUUUAGAGAGACCAGUCGACAGGUGUAAGGAGGAUUCUGCUAUCAAAGAUCUGGUGGAAGAUAUCUGCUAUAUCUUUAUCAAUCCAGAAGGACCCCUUGGUGACUGUCUUGACUUUGUGAACGAGGAUGAUUACUACGAUGCCUGUAUCUUUGAUCUCUGCUACACCGAUCCUGGUAACGACAUCAUCUGCGGGGCCUUGCAGGAGUACGUUCAGCAAUGCAGGGAUGCCAACGGCAUCAUCGGAAACUGGAGAGAGAGUGUGCUACAGUGUCCAUUUGAGUGUCCCACCGGCAAGACCUACCAGCCCUGUGGAAGUGCCUGCCAGCCAAGCUGCGCCUUACCCGAGGCAGACCUGAACUGCACCCUUCCCUGCCAAGAGACCUGUAGCUGCCCAGAGGGACAGCUAGACGAUGGAGGGCGAUGCGUGGAACCUGAGAAUUGUGGAUGCACCCUUCCUGAUGGCAGUUACAUAUCGGCUGGAAUGAUGUGGAUCAGCGAUGAUUGCUCUGAAUCUUGUAGCUGUUCAGGAGGAGUGACAGAGUGUUUGCCGUAUGGAUGCAAGGAAUAUCAGGAAUGUCGAAUCAAAGGCAACAUCCGAGACUGCUACUGCAGAGACAGAUUCACCUACGAUGGUGAACAGUGCAUCAGAGAGGAUGGCACUUGCACCAUCUGGGGAGAUCCCCAUUACAGCACCUUUGACAACGUGAAGUAUGACUUCCAAGGGGACUGUGACUACACCUUAGUCAGGCCGUGCUCCAUCCGACCCGGCAUGGUGGAUUUCCACAUCUGGGGAGGCAACGAAAAGAACCGCCCAUCCAGCACAGUGACCCUCAUGAGACGUAUCAGCCUGGAGGUCAAUGGAACAGUCUAUACGGUAUCCAAGGACAACGGCAUCUACCUGAACGGAGAGCUCAGGAACUCACCCGUUAUCGACCCCAAUGGGGUAGUUAUUAGAUCAGGAGUCAAAUAUACUAUUAUUGAGACUUACUUUGGGGUGACCAUUCGAUAUGAUCGCAGUGACACUGCCCAUAUACAGAUGCCCUUUGAAUACUGGAAUGCAACAUGUGGUCUUUGUGGAACGUUUGAUGAUGACAAAGCCAAUGACUUCAAGCUUCCUGAUGGCAGUAUAACCCCAUACGCAAACGUCUUUGGAAAUGGCUGGAUUCAGAAUGCUGAUGAGUGUGACCCUACCAUCACAGAUCCUAUUGAUAAUUGCGAGGAUGAUGAAGAUCUUUAUCAAGAAAUCAGGGAUAUCUGCUACAUUUUCAUUGAUCCCGAUGGUCCUCUAGGGAACUGUUUUGACUACGUUGAUUCCAAGGAUUACUAUGAAGCCUGUCUCUAUGAUCUGUGCCAUACUGAUCCUGGUAGUGACGUCAUCUGUCCUGCCAUCCAGGAGUACGCCCAACAGUGCAGGGAAGCCAACGGCCUUGUCGGACUCUGGAGAGCUGCUCUUCCACGGUGUGCAUUUGAGUGCCCCAUUGAUAGGAUCUAUGAGCUUUGUGGGAGUGCCUGUCAUCCAAGCUGUGCGGAACCGGAUGCUAAUAUCAACUGCACCUUACCAUGCCAAGAGACCUGUACCUGCCGUGAUGGCAAGCUGGAUGAUCGUGGGCGAUGCGUUGAGCCAUCGGAGUGUGGAUGCCUAGUCCCGGGUGGGAUCUAUAUCUCGGCUACUGAUUCCUGGACAAGCCCCGACUGCAGUGAACGAUGCACCUGCUUCAAUGGACAGGCUCAGUGUGAGCCGUUUGGAUGUACAGACGAUCAAGAAUGCGCACUGAGGAACGGUGUACAAGAUUGUUACUGCUUAGAUGGGUUUCUUUUGCUUGGAGACCUCUGUGUUAGGGCCCCUGGCCACUGUCAGAUCUGGGGUGAUCCUCAUUAUGUUACCUUCGAUAAGGAGAAGUACAACUUCCAGGGUUCCUGCGACUACACUUUGGUCAGAGAUUGCGGGAACUCCAGUGACUACCACCUUUGGUCCAACAAUGAACGACGGCGCCCAUCCAGCCGUGUUUCUUUCCUGACGGAAGUGAUACUUGAUCUAAGGGGUGCCCGAUACGCUUUGAUGAAGGGCUUCCAUGUCAGAGUAAAUGGCAUAGAUGUGUCUGACUACCUUCCCUACAUUGAUGACCAGGCCUUGAUCUACCGGGAUGUGACAUCAAUGAAUCUGGUAACAGAUUUCUUAUGGGUGAGUUAUGAUGGACAAGACAGCGCUGAUGUGUACCUCAGCUACUAUGCAGGAAGAACCUGUGGCCUUUGCGGAUCUUAUGAUGGUGACAAAAAUAAUGAUUUAAUGCUUCCUUCAGGGCAGUUGGCAAGAUCAGCAACAGAGUUUGGAAACAGUUGGGUUGUUAAUCCUGACCAGUGCGAAGAUGUGGAUCCAGGUCCAACUGACCCUUGUGAAAAUGGAGUGACCAGUCGGGAGGAUGCAAUAGAUCUUUGUUACUACCUUAAAGAUCCUCUUGGACCCUUUGCUUCCUGCCAUAGUUAUGUAGAUCCCGAAGACCACUAUGGCUCAUGUCUUUAUGAUGUAUGUGAGAUGGGCGAGGAAGCUCUAUGUACCAGUCUUGAACGAUACGCCCAGGCAUGCAAGAGCGCGGGUGGAAACCCUGGUACCUGGAGAGCACAUGUGCCAGAAUGCCCGCUGAACUGUCCUUCAAACACUGUGUACGAUCCAUGCUUCAGUGGCUGUCCAGCAACAUGUUCCUCUGCUUCCAGCUCAUUGUCCUGCAAUGCCACCUGCCAGGAGACAUGCCGAUGUGAGGAUGGACUGGUGCUCGAUGGCGGGAAGUGCGUUGAUCCAUCGCAGUGUGGUUGCACUCUGGACAACGGUGUUUAUAUUCCGUCUGGGGGAGCAUGGACCGACUCGGAUUGCACACAACACUGCACCUGUGAAGCUGGGCGUUCCCAGUGUGAUGCUUUUGAGUGCGGAGAGAACGAAGAAUGUGAUAUCAAGAACGGAGUUCCAAGCUGUUACUGCAAAGACGGCUACACCUCCCUUGGAGAUGCCUGCUUUAGAGCUCCUGGGUAUUGUCAGAUCUGGGGUGAUCCUCAUUAUGUUACCUUCGAUAAGAAGAACUACAACUUCCAGGGUGCCUGCGACUACACUUUGGUCAGAGAUUGCGGAAACUCCAGUGACUACCACCUGUGGUCCAACAAUGAACGACGGCGCCCAUCCGACCGUGUUUCUUUCCUGAGGGAAGUGAUACUUGAUCUAAGGGGUUCCCGAUAUUCUUUGAUGAAGGGCUUCCACGUCAGAGUAAAUGGCGUAGAUGUGUCUGACUACCUUCCCUACAUUGAUGACCAGGUCUGGAUCUACCGGGAUGUGACAUCAAUGAAUCUGGUCACAGAUUUCUUGUGGGUGAGCUACGACGGACAAGACAGCGCUGAUGUGUACCUCAGCUACUAUGCAGGAAGAACCUGUGGCCUUUGUGGAUCUUUUGAUGGCGAGAAGGAGAAUGAUAUGCUGCUUCCUUCCGGGGAUUUGGCAAGAUCUGCGACUGAGUUUGGAAACAGUUGGGUCGUUAAUCCUGACCAGUGCGAAGAUGUGGAUCCAGGUCCAACCGAUCCUUGCGAGGAGGUAGAGAACAGACUGACAGCAUCUAAUGAUCUCUGCUAUUACUUGAAGGAUCCUUCAGGACCAUUUGAAUCUUGCAUUGAGAUUUUGAGCCCUGACGACUACUACGACUCCUGCGUCUAUGACGUUUGCUUAACCGGUGAUGAUGCUCUGUGUGCCAGUCUCGCACAGUAUGCCCGUGCCUGCAAGAUGGAGGGAGGGGAUCCUGGCAGAUGGAGACUGGGUGUGGAUGAAUGCCAGCUGGACUGUCCUUCGAACACUGUGUACGAUCCAUGCUUCAGUGGCUGUCCAGCAACAUGUUCCUCUGCUUCCAGCUCAUUGUCCUGCAAUGCCACCUGCCAGGAGACAUGCCGAUGUGAGGAUGGACUGGUGCUCGAUGGCGGGAAGUGCGUUGAUCCAUCGCAGUGUGGUUGCACUCUGGACAACGGUGUUUAUAUUCCGUCUGGGGGAGCAUGGACCGACUCGGAUUGCACACAACACUGCACCUGUGAAGCUGGGCGUUCCCAGUGUGAUGCUUUUGAGUGCGGAGAGAACGAAGAAUGUGAUAUCAAGAACGGAGUUCCAAGCUGUUACUGCAAAGACGGCUACACCUCCCUUGGAGAUGCCUGCUUUAGAGCUCCUGGGUAUUGUCAGAUCUGGGGUGAUCCUCAUUAUGUUACCUUCGAUAAGAAGAACUACAACUUCCAGGGUGCCUGCGACUACACUUUGGUCAGAGAUUGCGGAAACUCCAGUGACUACCACCUGUGGUCCAACAAUGAACGACGGCGCCCAUCCGACCGUGUUUCUUUCCUGAGGGAAGUGAUACUUGAUCUAAGGGGUUCCCGAUAUUCUUUGAUGAAGGGCUUCCACGUCAGAGUAAAUGGCGUAGAUGUGUCUGACUACCUUCCCUACAUUGAUGACCAGGUCUGGAUCUACCGGGAUGUGACAUCAAUGAAUCUGGUCACAGAUUUCUUGUGGGUGAGCUACGACGGACAAGACAGCGCUGAUGUGUACCUCAGCUACUAUGCAGGAAGAACCUGUGGCCUUUGUGGAUCUUUUGAUGGCGAGAAGGAGAAUGAUAUGCUGCUUCCUUCCGGGGAUUUGGCAAGAUCUGCGACUGAGUUUGGAAACAGUUGGGUCGUUAAUCCUGACCAGUGCGAAGAUGUGGAUCCAGGUCCAACCGAUCCUUGCGAGGAGGUAGAGAACAGACUGACAGCAUCUAAUGAUCUCUGCUAUUACUUGAAGGAUCCUUCAGGACCAUUUGAAUCUUGCAUUGAGAUUUUGAGCCCUGACGACUACUACGACUCCUGCGUCUAUGACGUUUGCUUAACCGGUGAUGAUGCUCUGUGUGCCAGUCUCGCACAGUAUGCCCGUGCCUGCAAGAUGGAGGGAGGGGAUCCUGGCAGAUGGAGACUGGGUGUGGAUGAAUGCCAGCUGGACUGUCCUUCGAACACUGUGUACGAUCCAUGCUUCAGUGGCUGUCCAGCAACAUGUUCCUCUGCUUCCAGCUCAUUGUCCUGCAAUGCCACCUGCCAGGAGACAUGCCGAUGUGAGGAUGGACUGGUGCUCGAUGGCGGGAAGUGCGUUGAUCCAUCGCAGUGUGGUUGCACUCUGGACAACGGUGUUUAUAUUCCGUCUGGGGGAGCAUGGACCGACUCGGAUUGCACACAACACUGCACCUGUGAAGCUGGGCGUUCCCAGUGUGAUGCUUUUGAGUGCGGAGAGAACGAAGAAUGUGAUAUCAAGAACGGAGUUCCAAGCUGUUACUGCAAAGACGGCUACACCUCCCUUGGAGAUGCCUGCUUUAGAGCUCCUGGGUAUUGUCAGAUCUGGGGUGAUCCUCAUUAUGUUACCUUCGAUAAGAAGAACUACAACUUCCAGGGUGCCUGCGACUACACUUUGGUCAGAGAUUGCGGAAACUCCAGUGACUACCACCUGUGGUCCAACAAUGAACGACGGCGCCCAUCCGACCGUGUUUCUUUCCUGAGGGAAGUGAUACUUGAUCUAAGGGGUUCCCGAUAUUCUUUGAUGAAGGGCUUCCACGUCAGAGUAAAUGGCGUAGAUGUGUCUGACUACCUUCCCUACAUUGAUGACCAGGUCUGGAUCUACCGGGAUGUGACAUCAAUGAAUCUGGUCACAGAUUUCUUGUGGGUGAGCUACGACGGACAAGACAGCGCUGAUGUGUACCUCAGCUACUAUGCAGGAAGAACCUGUGGCCUUUGUGGAUCUUUUGAUGGCGAGAAGGAGAAUGAUAUGCUGCUUCCUUCCGGGGAUUUGGCAAGAUCUGCGACUGAGUUUGGAAACAGUUGGGUCGUUAAUCCUGACCAGUGCGAAGAUGUGGAUCCAGGUCCAACCGAUCCUUGCGAGGAGGUAGAGAACAGACUGACAGCAUCUAAUGAUCUCUGCUAUUACUUGAAGGAUCCUUCAGGACCAUUUGAAUCUUGCAUUGAGAUUUUGAGCCCUGACGACUACUACGACUCCUGCGUCUAUGACGUUUGCUUAACCGGUGAUGAUGCUCUGUGUGCCAGUCUCGCACAGUAUGCCCGUGCCUGCAAGAUGGAGGGAGGGGAUCCUGGCAGAUGGAGACUGGGUGUGGAUGAAUGCCAGCUGGACUGUCCUUCGAACACUGUGUACGAUCCAUGCUUCAGUGGCUGUCCAGCAACAUGUUCCUCUGCUUCCAGCUCAUUGUCCUGCAAUGCCACCUGCCAGGAGACAUGCCGAUGUGAGGAUGGACUGGUGCUCGAUGGCGGGAAGUGCGUUGAUCCAUCGCAGUGUGGUUGCACUCUGGACAACGGUGUUUAUAUUCCGUCUGGGGGAGCAUGGACCGACUCGGAUUGCACACAACACUGCACCUGUGAAGCUGGGCGUUCCCAGUGUGAUGCUUUUGAGUGCGGAGAGAACGAAGAAUGUGAUAUCAAGAACGGAGUUCCAAGCUGUUACUGCAAAGACGGCUACACCUCCCUUGGAGAUGCCUGCUUUAGAGCUCCUGGGUAUUGUCAGAUCUGGGGUGAUCCUCAUUAUGUUACCUUCGAUAAGAAGAACUACAACUUCCAGGGUGCCUGCGACUACACUUUGGUCAGAGAUUGCGGAAACUCCAGUGACUACCACCUGUGGUCCAACAAUGAACGACGGCGCCCAUCCGACCGUGUUUCUUUCCUGAGGGAAGUGAUACUUGAUCUAAGGGGUUCCCGAUAUUCUUUGAUGAAGGGCUUCCACGUCAGAGUAAAUGGCGUAGAUGUGUCUGACUACCUUCCCUACAUUGAUGACCAGGUCUGGAUCUACCGGGAUGUGACAUCAAUGAAUCUGGUCACAGAUUUCUUGUGGGUGAGCUACGACGGACAAGACAGCGCUGAUGUGUACCUCAGCUACUAUGCAGGAAGAACCUGUGGCCUUUGUGGAUCUUUUGAUGGCGAGAAGGAGAAUGAUAUGCUGCUUCCUUCCGGGGAUUUGGCAAGAUCUGCGACUGAGUUUGGAAACAGUUGGGUCGUUAAUCCUGACCAGUGCGAAGAUGUGGAUCCAGGUCCAACCGAUCCUUGCGAGGAGGUAGAGAACAGACUGACAGCAUCUAAUGAUCUCUGCUAUUACUUGAAGGAUCCUUCAGGACCAUUUGAAUCUUGCAUUGAGAUUUUGAGCCCUGACGACUACUACGACUCCUGCGUCUAUGACGUUUGCUUAACCGGUGAUGAUGCUCUGUGUGCCAGUCUCGCACAGUAUGCCCGUGCCUGCAAGAUGGAGGGAGGGGAUCCUGGCAGAUGGAGACUGGGUGUGGAUGAAUGCCAGCUGGACUGUCCUUCGAACACUGUGUACGAUCCAUGCUUCAGUGGCUGUCCAGCAACAUGUUCCUCUGCUUCCAGCUCAUUGUCCUGCAAUGCCACCUGCCAGGAGACAUGCCGAUGUGAGGAUGGACUGGUGCUCGAUGGCGGGAAGUGCGUUGAUCCAUCGCAGUGUGGUUGCACUCUGGACAACGGUGUUUAUAUUCCGUCUGGGGGAGCAUGGACCGACUCGGAUUGCACACAACACUGCACCUGUGAAGCUGGGCGUUCCCAGUGUGAUGCUUUUGAGUGCGGAGAGAACGAAGAAUGUGAUAUCAAGAACGGAGUUCCAAGCUGUUACUGCAAAGACGGCUACACCUCCCUUGGAGAUGCCUGCUUUAGAGCUCCUGGGUAUUGUCAGAUCUGGGGUGAUCCUCAUUAUGUUACCUUCGAUAAGAAGAACUACAACUUCCAGGGUGCCUGCGACUACACUUUGGUCAGAGAUUGCGGAAACUCCAGUGACUACCACCUGUGGUCCAACAAUGAACGACGGCGCCCAUCCGACCGUGUUUCUUUCCUGAGGGAAGUGAUACUUGAUCUAAGGGGUUCCCGAUAUUCUUUGAUGAAGGGCUUCCACGUCAGAGUAAAUGGCGUAGAUGUGUCUGACUACCUUCCCUACAUUGAUGACCAGGUCUGGAUCUACCGGGAUGUGACAUCAAUGAAUCUGGUCACAGAUUUCUUGUGGGUGAGCUACGACGGACAAGACAGCGCUGAUGUGUACCUCAGCUACUAUGCAGGAAGAACCUGUGGCCUUUGUGGAUCUUUUGAUGGCGAGAAGGAGAAUGAUAUGCUGCUUCCUUCCGGGGAUUUGGCAAGAUCUGCGACUGAGUUUGGAAACAGUUGGGUCGUUAAUCCUGACCAGUGCGAAGAUGUGGAUCCAGGUCCAACCGAUCCUUGCGAGGAGGUAGAGAACAGACUGACAGCAUCUAAUGAUCUCUGCUAUUACUUGAAGGAUCCUUCAGGACCAUUUGAAUCUUGCAUUGAGAUUUUGAGCCCUGACGACUACUACGACUCCUGCGUCUAUGACGUUUGCUUAACCGGUGAUGAUGCUCUGUGUGCCAGUCUCGCACAGUAUGCCCGUGCCUGCAAGAUGGAGGGAGGGGAUCCUGGCAGAUGGAGACUGGGUGUGGAUGAAUGCCAGCUGGACUGUCCUUCGAACACUGUGUACGAUCCAUGCUUCAGUGGCUGUCCAGCAACAUGUUCCUCUGCUUCCAGCUCAUUGUCCUGCAAUGCCACCUGCCAGGAGACAUGCCGAUGUGAGGAUGGACUGGUGCUCGAUGGCGGGAAGUGCGUUGAUCCAUCGCAGUGUGGUUGCACUCUGGACAACGGUGUUUAUAUUCCGUCUGGGGGAGCAUGGACCGACUCGGAUUGCACACAACACUGCACCUGUGAAGCUGGGCGUUCCCAGUGUGAUGCUUUUGAGUGCGGAGAGAACGAAGAAUGUGAUAUCAAGAACGGAGUUCCAAGCUGUUACUGCAAAGACGGCUACACCUCCCUUGGAGAUGCCUGCUUUAGAGCUCCUGGGUAUUGUCAGAUCUGGGGUGAUCCUCAUUAUGUUACCUUCGAUAAGAAGAACUACAACUUCCAGGGUGCCUGCGACUACACUUUGGUCAGAGAUUGCGGAAACUCCAGUGACUACCACCUGUGGUCCAACAAUGAACGACGGCGCCCAUCCGACCGUGUUUCUUUCCUGAGGGAAGUGAUACUUGAUCUAAGGGGUUCCCGAUAUUCUUUGAUGAAGGGCUUCCACGUCAGAGUAAAUGGCGUAGAUGUGUCUGACUACCUUCCCUACAUUGAUGACCAGGUCUGGAUCUACCGGGAUGUGACAUCAAUGAAUCUGGUCACAGAUUUCUUGUGGGUGAGCUACGACGGACAAGACAGCGCUGAUGUGUACCUCAGCUACUAUGCAGGAAGAACCUGUGGCCUUUGUGGAUCUUUUGAUGGCGAGAAGGAGAAUGAUAUGCUGCUUCCUUCCGGGGAUUUGGCAAGAUCUGCGACUGAGUUUGGAAACAGUUGGGUCGUUAAUCCUGACCAGUGCGAAGAUGUGGAUCCAGGUCCAACCGAUCCUUGCGAGGAGGUAGAGAACAGACUGACAGCAUCUAAUGAUCUCUGCUAUUACUUGAAGGAUCCUUCAGGACCAUUUGAAUCUUGCAUUGAGAUUUUGAGCCCUGACGACUACUACGACUCCUGCGUCUAUGACGUUUGCUUAACCGGUGAUGAUGCUCUGUGUGCCAGUCUCGCACAGUAUGCCCGUGCCUGCAAGAUGGAGGGAGGGGAUCCUGGCAGAUGGAGACUGGGUGUGGAUGAAUGCCAGCUGGACUGUCCUUCGAACACUGUGUACGAUCCAUGCUUCAGUGGCUGUCCAGCAACAUGUUCCUCUGCUUCCAGCUCAUUGUCCUGCAAUGCCACCUGCCAGGAGACAUGCCGAUGUGAGGAUGGACUGGUGCUCGAUGGCGGGAAGUGCGUUGAUCCAUCGCAGUGUGGUUGCACUCUGGACAACGGUGUUUAUAUUCCGUCUGGGGGAGCAUGGACCGACUCGGAUUGCACACAACACUGCACCUGUGAAGCUGGGCGUUCCCAGUGUGAUGCUUUUGAGUGCGGAGAGAACGAAGAAUGUGAUAUCAAGAACGGAGUUCCAAGCUGUUACUGCAAAGACGGCUACACCUCCCUUGGAGAUGCCUGCUUUAGAGCUCCUGGGUAUUGUCAGAUCUGGGGUGAUCCUCAUUAUGUUACCUUCGAUAAGAAGAACUACAACUUCCAGGGUGCCUGCGACUACACUUUGGUCAGAGAUUGCGGAAACUCCAGUGACUACCACCUGUGGUCCAACAAUGAACGACGGCGCCCAUCCGACCGUGUUUCUUUCCUGAGGGAAGUGAUACUUGAUCUAAGGGGUUCCCGAUAUUCUUUGAUGAAGGGCUUCCACGUCAGAGUAAAUGGCGUAGAUGUGUCUGACUACCUUCCCUACAUUGAUGACCAGGUCUGGAUCUACCGGGAUGUGACAUCAAUGAAUCUGGUCACAGAUUUCUUGUGGGUGAGCUACGACGGACAAGACAGCGCUGAUGUGUACCUCAGCUACUAUGCAGGAAGAACCUGUGGCCUUUGUGGAUCUUUUGAUGGCGAGAAGGAGAAUGAUAUGCUGCUUCCUUCCGGGGAUUUGGCAAGAUCUGCGACUGAGUUUGGAAACAGUUGGGUCGUUAAUCCUGACCAGUGCGAAGAUGUGGAUCCAGGUCCAACCGAUCCUUGCGAGGAGGUAGAGAACAGACUGACAGCAUCUAAUGAUCUCUGCUAUUACUUGAAGGAUCCUUCAGGACCAUUUGAAUCUUGCAUUGAGAUUUUGAGCCCUGACGACUACUACGACUCCUGCGUCUAUGACGUUUGCUUAACCGGUGAUGAUGCUCUGUGUGCCAGUCUCGCACAGUAUGCCCGUGCCUGCAAGAUGGAGGGAGGGGAUCCUGGCAGAUGGAGACUGGGUGUGGAUGAAUGCCAGCUGGACUGUCCUUCGAACACUGUGUACGAUCCAUGCUUCAGUGGCUGUCCAGCAACAUGUUCCUCUGCUUCCAGCUCAUUGUCCUGCAAUGCCACCUGCCAGGAGACAUGCCGAUGUGAGGAUGGACUGGUGCUCGAUGGCGGGAAGUGCGUUGAUCCAUCGCAGUGUGGUUGCACUCUGGACAACGGUGUUUAUAUUCCGUCUGGGGGAGCAUGGACCGACUCGGAUUGCACACAACACUGCACCUGUGAAGCUGGGCGUUCCCAGUGUGAUGCUUUUGAGUGCGGAGAGAACGAAGAAUGUGAUAUCAAGAACGGAGUUCCAAGCUGUUACUGCAAAGACGGCUACACCUCCCUUGGAGAUGCCUGCUUUAGAGCUCCUGGGUAUUGUCAGAUCUGGGGUGAUCCUCAUUAUGUUACCUUCGAUAAGAAGAACUACAACUUCCAGGGUGCCUGCGACUACACUUUGGUCAGAGAUUGCGGAAACUCCAGUGACUACCACCUGUGGUCCAACAAUGAACGACGGCGCCCAUCCGACCGUGUUUCUUUCCUGAGGGAAGUGAUACUUGAUCUAAGGGGUUCCCGAUAUUCUUUGAUGAAGGGCUUCCACGUCAGAGUAAAUGGCGUAGAUGUGUCUGACUACCUUCCCUACAUUGAUGACCAGGUCUGGAUCUACCGGGAUGUGACAUCAAUGAAUCUGGUCACAGAUUUCUUGUGGGUGAGCUACGACGGACAAGACAGCGCUGAUGUGUACCUCAGCUACUAUGCAGGAAGAACCUGUGGCCUUUGUGGAUCUUUUGAUGGCGAGAAGGAGAAUGAUAUGCUGCUUCCUUCCGGGGAUUUGGCAAGAUCUGCGACUGAGUUUGGAAACAGUUGGGUCGUUAAUCCUGACCAGUGCGAAGAUGUGGAUCCAGGUCCAACCGAUCCUUGCGAGGAGGUAGAGAACAGACUGACAGCAUCUAAUGAUCUCUGCUAUUACUUGAAGGAUCCUUCAGGACCAUUUGAAUCUUGCAUUGAGAUUUUGAGCCCUGACGACUACUACGACUCCUGCGUCUAUGACGUUUGCUUAACCGGUGAUGAUGCUCUGUGUGCCAGUCUCGCACAGUAUGCCCGUGCCUGCAAGAUGGAGGGAGGGGAUCCUGGCAGAUGGAGACUGGGUGUGGAUGAAUGCCAGCUGGACUGUCCUUCGAACACUGUGUACGAUCCAUGCUUCAGUGGCUGUCCAGCAACAUGUUCCUCUGCUUCCAGCUCAUUGUCCUGCAAUGCCACCUGCCAGGAGACAUGCCGAUGUGAGGAUGGACUGGUGCUCGAUGGCGGGAAGUGCGUUGAUCCAUCGCAGUGUGGUUGCACUCUGGACAACGGUGUUUAUAUUCCGUCUGGGGGAGCAUGGACCGACUCGGAUUGCACACAACACUGCACCUGUGAAGCUGGGCGUUCCCAGUGUGAUGCUUUUGAGUGCGGAGAGAACGAAGAAUGUGAUAUCAAGAACGGAGUUCCAAGCUGUUACUGCAAAGACGGCUACACCUCCCUUGGAGAUGCCUGCUUUAGAGCUCCUGGGUAUUGUCAGAUCUGGGGUGAUCCUCAUUAUGUUACCUUCGAUAAGAAGAACUACAACUUCCAGGGUGCCUGCGACUACACUUUGGUCAGAGAUUGCGGAAACUCCAGUGACUACCACCUGUGGUCCAACAAUGAACGACGGCGCCCAUCCGACCGUGUUUCUUUCCUGAGGGAAGUGAUACUUGAUCUAAGGGGUUCCCGAUAUUCUUUGAUGAAGGGCUUCCACGUCAGAGUAAAUGGCGUAGAUGUGUCUGACUACCUUCCCUACAUUGAUGACCAGGUCUGGAUCUACCGGGAUGUGACAUCAAUGAAUCUGGUCACAGAUUUCUUGUGGGUGAGCUACGACGGACAAGACAGCGCUGAUGUGUACCUCAGCUACUAUGCAGGAAGAACCUGUGGCCUUUGUGGAUCUUUUGAUGGCGAGAAGGAGAAUGAUAUGCUGCUUCCUUCCGGGGAUUUGGCAAGAUCUGCGACUGAGUUUGGAAACAGUUGGGUCGUUAAUCCUGACCAGUGCGAAGAUGUGGAUCCAGGUCCAACCGAUCCUUGCGAGGAGGUAGAGAACAGACUGACAGCAUCUAAUGAUCUCUGCUAUUACUUGAAGGAUCCUUCAGGACCAUUUGAAUCUUGCAUUGAGAUUUUGAGCCCUGACGACUACUACGACUCCUGCGUCUAUGACGUUUGCUUAACCGGUGAUGAUGCUCUGUGUGCCAGUCUCGCACAGUAUGCCCGUGCCUGCAAGAUGGAGGGAGGGGAUCCUGGCAGAUGGAGACUGGGUGUGGAUGAAUGCCAGCUGGACUGUCCUUCGAACACUGUGUACGAUCCAUGCUUCAGUGGCUGUCCAGCAACAUGUUCCUCUGCUUCCAGCUCAUUGUCCUGCAAUGCCACCUGCCAGGAGACAUGCCGAUGUGAGGAUGGACUGGUGCUCGAUGGCGGGAAGUGCGUUGAUCCAUCGCAGUGUGGUUGCACUCUGGACAACGGUGUUUAUAUUCCGUCUGGGGGAGCAUGGACCGACUCGGAUUGCACACAACACUGCACCUGUGAAGCUGGGCGUUCCCAGUGUGAUGCUUUUGAGUGCGGAGAGAACGAAGAAUGUGAUAUCAAGAACGGAGUUCCAAGCUGUUACUGCAAAGACGGCUACACCUCCCUUGGAGAUGCCUGCUUUAGAGCUCCUGGGUAUUGUCAGAUCUGGGGUGAUCCUCAUUAUGUUACCUUCGAUAAGAAGAACUACAACUUCCAGGGUGCCUGCGACUACACUUUGGUCAGAGAUUGCGGAAACUCCAGUGACUACCACCUGUGGUCCAACAAUGAACGACGGCGCCCAUCCGACCGUGUUUCUUUCCUGAGGGAAGUGAUACUUGAUCUAAGGGGUUCCCGAUAUUCUUUGAUGAAGGGCUUCCACGUCAGAGUAAAUGGCGUAGAUGUGUCUGACUACCUUCCCUACAUUGAUGACCAGGUCUGGAUCUACCGGGAUGUGACAUCAAUGAAUCUGGUCACAGAUUUCUUGUGGGUGAGCUACGACGGACAAGACAGCGCUGAUGUGUACCUCAGCUACUAUGCAGGAAGAACCUGUGGCCUUUGUGGAUCUUUUGAUGGCGAGAAGGAGAAUGAUAUGCUGCUUCCUUCCGGGGAUUUGGCAAGAUCUGCGACUGAGUUUGGAAACAGUUGGGUCGUUAAUCCUGACCAGUGCGAAGAUGUGGAUCCAGGUCCAACCGAUCCUUGCGAGGAGGUAGAGAACAGACUGACAGCAUCUAAUGAUCUCUGCUAUUACUUGAAGGAUCCUUCAGGACCAUUUGAAUCUUGCAUUGAGAUUUUGAGCCCUGACGACUACUACGACUCCUGCGUCUAUGACGUUUGCUUAACCGGUGAUGAUGCUCUGUGUGCCAGUCUCGCACAGUAUGCCCGUGCCUGCAAGAUGGAGGGAGGGGAUCCUGGCAGAUGGAGACUGGGUGUGGAUGAAUGCCAGCUGGACUGUCCUUCGAACACUGUGUACGAUCCAUGCUUCAGUGGCUGUCCAGCAACAUGUUCCUCUGCUUCCAGCUCAUUGUCCUGCAAUGCCACCUGCCAGGAGACAUGCCGAUGUGAGGAUGGACUGGUGCUCGAUGGCGGGAAGUGCGUUGAUCCAUCGCAGUGUGGUUGCACUCUGGACAACGGUGUUUAUAUUCCGUCUGGGGGAGCAUGGACCGACUCGGAUUGCACACAACACUGCACCUGUGAAGCUGGGCGUUCCCAGUGUGAUGCUUUUGAGUGCGGAGAGAACGAAGAAUGUGAUAUCAAGAACGGAGUUCCAAGCUGUUACUGCAAAGACGGCUACACCUCCCUUGGAGAUGCCUGCUUUAGAGCUCCUGGGUAUUGUCAGAUCUGGGGUGAUCCUCAUUAUGUUACCUUCGAUAAGAAGAACUACAACUUCCAGGGUGCCUGCGACUACACUUUGGUCAGAGAUUGCGGAAACUCCAGUGACUACCACCUGUGGUCCAACAAUGAACGACGGCGCCCAUCCGACCGUGUUUCUUUCCUGAGGGAAGUGAUACUUGAUCUAAGGGGUUCCCGAUAUUCUUUGAUGAAGGGCUUCCACGUCAGAGUAAAUGGCGUAGAUGUGUCUGACUACCUUCCCUACAUUGAUGACCAGGUCUGGAUCUACCGGGAUGUGACAUCAAUGAAUCUGGUCACAGAUUUCUUGUGGGUGAGCUACGACGGACAAGACAGCGCUGAUGUGUACCUCAGCUACUAUGCAGGAAGAACCUGUGGCCUUUGUGGAUCUUUUGAUGGCGAGAAGGAGAAUGAUAUGCUGCUUCCUUCCGGGGAUUUGGCAAGAUCUGCGACUGAGUUUGGAAACAGUUGGGUCGUUAAUCCUGACCAGUGCGAAGAUGUGGAUCCAGGUCCAACCGAUCCUUGCGAGGAGGUAGAGAACAGACUGACAGCAUCUAAUGAUCUCUGCUAUUACUUGAAGGAUCCUUCAGGACCAUUUGAAUCUUGCAUUGAGAUUUUGAGCCCUGACGACUACUACGACUCCUGCGUCUAUGACGUUUGCUUAACCGGUGAUGAUGCUCUGUGUGCCAGUCUCGCACAGUAUGCCCGUGCCUGCAAGAUGGAGGGAGGGGAUCCUGGCAGAUGGAGACUGGGUGUGGAUGAAUGCCAGCUGGACUGUCCUUCGAACACUGUGUACGAUCCAUGCUUCAGUGGCUGUCCAGCAACAUGUUCCUCUGCUUCCAGCUCAUUGUCCUGCAAUGCCACCUGCCAGGAGACAUGCCGAUGUGAGGAUGGACUGGUGCUCGAUGGCGGGAAGUGCGUUGAUCCAUCGCAGUGUGGUUGCACUCUGGACAACGGUGUUUAUAUUCCGUCUGGGGGAGCAUGGACCGACUCGGAUUGCACACAACACUGCACCUGUGAAGCUGGGCGUUCCCAGUGUGAUGCUUUUGAGUGCGGAGAGAACGAAGAAUGUGAUAUCAAGAACGGAGUUCCAAGCUGUUACUGCAAAGACGGCUACACCUCCCUUGGAGAUGCCUGCUUUAGAGCUCCUGGGUAUUGUCAGAUCUGGGGUGAUCCUCAUUAUGUUACCUUCGAUAAGAAGAACUACAACUUCCAGGGUGCCUGCGACUACACUUUGGUCAGAGAUUGCGGAAACUCCAGUGACUACCACCUGUGGUCCAACAAUGAACGACGGCGCCCAUCCGACCGUGUUUCUUUCCUGAGGGAAGUGAUACUUGAUCUAAGGGGUUCCCGAUAUUCUUUGAUGAAGGGCUUCCACGUCAGAGUAAAUGGCGUAGAUGUGUCUGACUACCUUCCCUACAUUGAUGACCAGGUCUGGAUCUACCGGGAUGUGACAUCAAUGAAUCUGGUCACAGAUUUCUUGUGGGUGAGCUACGACGGACAAGACAGCGCUGAUGUGUACCUCAGCUACUAUGCAGGAAGAACCUGUGGCCUUUGUGGAUCUUUUGAUGGCGAGAAGGAGAAUGAUAUGCUGCUUCCUUCCGGGGAUUUGGCAAGAUCUGCGACUGAGUUUGGAAACAGUUGGGUCGUUAAUCCUGACCAGUGCGAAGAUGUGGAUCCAGGUCCAACCGAUCCUUGCGAGGAGGUAGAGAACAGACUGACAGCAUCUAAUGAUCUCUGCUAUUACUUGAAGGAUCCUUCAGGACCAUUUGAAUCUUGCAUUGAGAUUUUGAGCCCUGACGACUACUACGACUCCUGCGUCUAUGACGUUUGCUUAACCGGUGAUGAUGCUCUGUGUGCCAGUCUCGCACAGUAUGCCCGUGCCUGCAAGAUGGAGGGAGGGGAUCCUGGCAGAUGGAGACUGGGUGUGGAUGAAUGCCAGCUGGACUGUCCUUCGAACACUGUGUACGAUCCAUGCUUCAGUGGCUGUCCAGCAACAUGUUCCUCUGCUUCCAGCUCAUUGUCCUGCAAUGCCACCUGCCAGGAGACAUGCCGAUGUGAGGAUGGACUGGUGCUCGAUGGCGGGAAGUGCGUUGAUCCAUCGCAGUGUGGUUGCACUCUGGACAACGGUGUUUAUAUUCCGUCUGGGGGAGCAUGGACCGACUCGGAUUGCACACAACACUGCACCUGUGAAGCUGGGCGUUCCCAGUGUGAUGCUUUUGAGUGCGGAGAGAACGAAGAAUGUGAUAUCAAGAACGGAGUUCCAAGCUGUUACUGCAAAGACGGCUACACCUCCCUUGGAGAUGCCUGCUUUAGAGCUCCUGGGUAUUGUCAGAUCUGGGGUGAUCCUCAUUAUGUUACCUUCGAUAAGAAGAACUACAACUUCCAGGGUGCCUGCGACUACACUUUGGUCAGAGAUUGCGGAAACUCCAGUGACUACCACCUGUGGUCCAACAAUGAACGACGGCGCCCAUCCGACCGUGUUUCUUUCCUGAGGGAAGUGAUACUUGAUCUAAGGGGUUCCCGAUAUUCUUUGAUGAAGGGCUUCCACGUCAGAGUAAAUGGCGUAGAUGUGUCUGACUACCUUCCCUACAUUGAUGACCAGGUCUGGAUCUACCGGGAUGUGACAUCAAUGAAUCUGGUCACAGAUUUCUUGUGGGUGAGCUACGACGGACAAGACAGCGCUGAUGUGUACCUCAGCUACUAUGCAGGAAGAACCUGUGGCCUUUGUGGAUCUUUUGAUGGCGAGAAGGAGAAUGAUAUGCUGCUUCCUUCCGGGGAUUUGGCAAGAUCUGCGACUGAGUUUGGAAACAGUUGGGUUGUUAAUCCUGACCAGUGCGAAGAUGUGGAUCCAGGUCCAACCGAUCCUUGCGAGGAGGUAGAGAACAGACUGACAGCAUCUAAUGAUCUCUGCUAUUACUUGAAGGAUCCUUCAGGACCAUUUGAAUCUUGCAUUGAGAUUUUGAGCCCUGACGACUACUACGACUCCUGCGUCUAUGACGUUUGCUUAACCGGUGAUGAUGCUCUGUGUGCCAGUCUCGCACAGUAUGCCCGUGCCUGCAAGAUGGAGGGAGGGGAUCCUGGCAGAUGGAGACUGGGUGUGGAUGAAUGCCAGCUGGACUGUCCUUCGAACACUGUGUACGAUCCAUGCUUCAGUGGCUGUCCAGCAACAUGUUCCUCUGCUUCCAGCUCAUUGUCCUGCAAUGCCACCUGCCAGGAGACAUGCCGAUGUGAGGAUGGACUGGUGCUCGAUGGCGGGAAGUGCGUUGAUCCAUCGCAGUGUGGUUGCACUCUGGACAACGGUGUUUAUAUUCCGUCUGGGGGAGCAUGGACCGACUCGGAUUGCACACAACACUGCACCUGUGAAGCUGGGCGUUCCCAGUGUGAUGCUUUUGAGUGCGGAGAGAACGAAGAAUGUGAUAUCAAGAACGGAGUUCCAAGCUGUUACUGCAAAGACGGCUACACCUCCCUUGGAGAUGCCUGCUUUAGAGCUCCUGGGUAUUGUCAGAUCUGGGGUGAUCCUCAUUAUGUUACCUUCGAUAAGAAGAACUACAACUUCCAGGGUGCCUGCGACUACACUUUGGUCAGAGAUUGCGGAAACUCCAGUGACUACCACCUGUGGUCCAACAAUGAACGACGGCGCCCAUCCGACCGUGUUUCUUUCCUGAGGGAAGUGAUACUUGAUCUAAGGGGUUCCCGAUAUUCUUUGAUGAAGGGCUUCCACGUCAGAGUAAAUGGCGUAGAUGUGUCUGACUACCUUCCCUACAUUGAUGACCAGGUCUGGAUCUACCGGGAUGUGACAUCAAUGAAUCUGGUCACAGAUUUCUUGUGGGUGAGCUACGACGGACAAGACAGCGCUGAUGUGUACCUCAGCUACUAUGCAGGAAGAACCUGUGGCCUUUGUGGAUCUUUUGAUGGCGAGAAGGAGAAUGAUAUGCUGCUUCCUUCCGGGGAUUUGGCAAGAUCUGCGACUGAGUUUGGAAACAGUUGGGUUGUUAAUCCUGACCAGUGCGAAGAUGUGGAUCCAGGUCCAACCGAUCCUUGCGAGGAGGUAGAGAACAGACUGACAGCAUCUAAUGAUCUCUGCUAUUACUUGAAGGAUCCUUCAGGACCAUUUGAAUCUUGCAUUGAGAUUUUGAGCCCUGACGACUACUACGACUCCUGCGUCUAUGACGUUUGCUUAACCGGUGAUGAUGCUCUGUGUGCCAGUCUCGCACAGUAUGCCCGUGCCUGCAAGAUGGAGGGAGGGGAUCCUGGCAGAUGGAGACUGGGUGUGGAUGAAUGCCAGCUGGACUGUCCUUCGAACACUGUGUACGAUCCAUGCUUCAUUGGCUGUCCAGCAACAUGUUCCUCUGCUUCCAGCUCAUUGUCCUGCAAUGCCACCUGCCAGGAGACAUGCCGAUGUGAGGAUGGACUGGUGCUCGAUGGCGGGAAGUGCGUUGAUCCAUCGCAGUGUGGUUGCACUCUGGACAACGGUGUUUAUAUUCCGUCUGGGGGAGCAUGGACCGACUCGGAUUGCACACAACACUGCACCUGUGAAGCUGGGCGUUCCCAGUGUGAUGCUUUUGAGUGCGGAGAGAACGAAGAAUGUGAUAUCAAGAACGGAGUUCCAAGCUGUUACUGCAAAGACGGCUACACCUCCCUUGGAGAUGCCUGCUUUAGAGCUCCUGGGUAUUGUCAGAUCUGGGGUGAUCCUCAUUAUGUUACCUUCGAUAAGAAGAACUACAACUUCCAGGGUGCCUGCGACUACACUUUGGUCAGAGAUUGCGGAAACUCCAGUGACUACCACCUGUGGUCCAACAAUGAACGACGGCGCCCAUCCGACCGUGUUUCUUUCCUGAGGGAAGUGAUACUUGAUCUAAGGGGUUCCCGAUAUUCUUUGAUGAAGGGCUUCCACGUCAGAGUAAAUGGCGUAGAUGUGUCUGACUACCUUCCCUACAUUGAUGACCAGGUCUGGAUCUACCGGGAUGUGACAUCAAUGAAUCUGGUCACAGAUUUCUUGUGGGUGAGCUACGACGGACAAGACAGCGCUGAUGUGUACCUCAGCUUCUAUGCAGGAAGAACCUGUGGCCUUUGUGGAUCUUUUGAUGGCGAGAAUGAGAAUGAUAUGCUGCUUCCUUCCGGGGAUUUGGCAAGAUCUGCGACUGAGUUUGGAAACAGUUGGGUCGUUAAUCCUGACCAGUGCGAAGAUGUGGAUCCAGGUCCAACCGAUCCUUGCGAGGAGGUAGAGAACAGACUGACAGCAUCUAAUGAUCUCUGCUAUUACUUGAAGGAUCCUUCAGGACCAUUUGAAUCUUGCAUUGAGAUUUUGAGCCCUGACGACUACUACGACUCCUGCGUCUAUGACGUUUGCUUAACCGGUGAUGAUGCUCUGUGUGCCAGUCUCGCACAGUAUGCCCGUGCCUGCAAGAUGGAGGGAGGGGAUCCUGGCAGAUGGAGACUGGGUGUGGAUGAAUGCCAGCUGGACUGUCCUUCGAACACUGUGUACGAUCCAUGCUUCAGUGGCUGUCCAGCAACAUGUUCCUCUGCUUCCAGCUCAUUGUCCUGCAAUGCCACCUGCCAGGAGACAUGCCGAUGUGAGGAUGGACUGGUGCUCGAUGGCGGGAAGUGCGUUGAUCCAUCGCAGUGUGGUUGCACUCUGGACAACGGUGUUUAUAUUCCGUCUGGGGGAGCAUGGACCGACUCGGAUUGCACACAACACUGCACCUGUGAAGCUGGGCGUUCCCAGUGUGAUGCUUUUGAGUGCGGAGAGAACGAAGAAUGUGAUAUCAAGAACGGAGUUCCAAGCUGUUACUGCAAAGACGGCUACAUUUCUCUUGGAGAUCUCUGCUUCAGAGCUCCUGGUUACUGUCAAAUCUGGGGUGACCCUCAUUAUGUGACCUUUGACAAGAAGAAAUACAACUUCCAAGGUGAUUGUGACUACACACUGGUCAAAGAGUGUGAUAAUUCAACCGAUUUCCACCUAUGGUCCAGCAAUGGACUCUUGCGUCCAUCCGAAAAGGUUUCCUACUUGAGGGAGGUGAUCCUGGAGUUGAAAGGAAGCACCUAUUCUCUUAUCAAAGAUUUCCAAGUGCGAGUGAAUGGCAUCGAUGUGUCCAAGAAUCUGCCUUAUAUUGAUGAACAAGUCUUGAUAUACAGGGAUGUGACAUCAGUGAACCUGGUGACAGACUUCUUGUGGGUGAGCUAUAAUGGAAAGUACAGUGCUGAUGUGUACCUUAGUUACUCUUACUUCGGGCGUACAUGUGGUCUAUGUGGAAAUUUUGACGGAGACAAAUCAAAUGACCUGUUCCUUUCCACUGGAGAAAAGGCAAGAUCGGGUACCGAGUUCGGAGAUAGUUGGGAAGUAAACCCAGACCAGUGUGCUGGUAAUGACCCUGGUCCUACUGAUCCAUGUGAAGAAGGGUUGGAGAAUACUCGUGAGGAGGCUGCAGAUCUUUGCCAUUAUCUUCAGGACCCAUCUGGUCCUUUCCAAUCUUGCCACGACUACGUAGCUCCUGAGGAUUACUACCAGUCUUGUCUGUAUGAUGUAUGUGAGACGGGAGAUGAUGCCUUGUGUGCCAAUCUUGAAAAAUAUGCACAGGCUUGUAAGAAUAGUGGUGGCCAGCCUGGAAAUUGGAGAUCGUCGGUGCCAGAAUGCCCAUUGGACUGUCCUACCAACACUGUGUAUGAUCCCUGCUUCAGUGGAUGUCCAGCAACCUGUUCCUCUGCUGGAAGCACAUUGUCCUGCAAUACCACUUGCCAGGAGACAUGCCGAUGUGAAGAUGGCCUUGUUCUUGAGGAAGGAAACUGUGUGGACCCAUCCCAGUGCGGUUGCACUCUAGCAAACGGCGUCUAUCUGCAGCCUGGAGCUUCAUGGACAAGUCCCGACUGUAGCCAGCACUGCAGCUGUGAAGAGGGGCAUGCCCAGUGUGAGGAUUUCCAGUGUAAAGAGAACGAAGAAUGUGAUAUCAAGAAUGGUGUUCCAAGCUGUUAUUGCAAAGAUGGCUACAUUUCUCUUGGAGAUGUCUGCUUCAGAGCUCCUGGUUACUGUCAAAUCUGGGGUGACCCUCAUUAUGUGACCUUUGACAAGAAGAAAUACAACUUCCAAGGUGAUUGUGACUACACACUGGUCAAAGAGUGUGAUAAUUCAACCGAUUUCCACCUAUGGUCCAGCAAUGGACUCUUGCGUCCAUCCGAAAAGGUUUCCUACUUGAAGGAGGUGAUCCUGGAGUUGAAAGGAAGCACCUAUUCUCUUAUCAAAGAUUUCCAAGUGCGAGUGAAUGGCAUCGAUGUGUCCAAGAAUCUGCCUUAUAUUGAUGAACAAGUCUUGAUAUACAGGGAUGUGACAUCAGUGAACCUGGUGACAGACUUCUUGUGGGUGAGCUAUAAUGGAAAGUACAGUGCUGAUGUGUACCUUAGUUACUCUUACUUCGGGCGUACAUGUGGUCUAUGUGGAAAUUUUGAUGGAGACAAAUCAAAUGACCUGUUCCUUUCCACUGGAGAAAAGGCAAGAUCGGGUACCGAGUUCGGAGAUAGUUGGGAAGUAAACCCAGACCAGUGUGCUGGUAAUGACCCUGGUCCUACUGAUCCAUGUGAAGAAGGGUUGGAGAAUACUCGUGAGGAGGCUGCAGAUCUUUGCCAUUAUCUUCAGGACCCAUCUGGUCCUUUCCAAUCUUGCCACGACUACGUAUCUCUGGAGGAUUACUACCAGUCUUGUCUGUAUGAUGUAUGUGAGACGGGAGAUGAUGCCUUGUGUGCCAAUCUUGAAAAAUAUGCACAGGCUUGUAAGAAUAGUGGUGGCCAGCCUGGAAAUUGGAGAUCGUCGGUGCCAGAAUGCCCAUUGGACUGUCCUACCAACACUGUGUAUGAUCCCUGCUUCAGUGGAUGUCCAGCAACCUGUUCCUCUGCUGGAAGCACAUUGUCCUGCAAUACCACUUGCCAGGAGACAUGCCGAUGUGAAGAUGGUCUUGUUCUUGAGGAAGGAAACUGUGUGGACCCAUCCCAGUGUGGUUGCACUCUACCAAGUGGUAUCUAUAUUCCUGCUGAGGGAAUAUGGACCAGUCCUGACUGUUCUCAACGAUGCAGCUGCUCCAGAGGGAUAGCAGAAUGUGAGCCUUACGUCUGUGGAAGGAAUGAAGAAUGUCAAGUCAAGAAUGGUAUUCCAGAAUGCUACUGUAAAGAUGGAUAUAUUCUCGUUGAGGGAUAUUGUAUUAAGGCUCCCGGGCACUGUCAAGUUUGGGGUGACCCUCACUAUAUGACCUUUGACAAGCGGAAGUACAACUUCCAAGGAGAUUGUGACUACACAUUGGUGAGAGAUUGUCAGAACUCCAGUGGCUUCCAUCUCUGGGCUGAUAAUGAGAAACGUAAUCCUUCGGAUGAGGUAUCUUACAUCAGGGAACUGGUCCUGGAGGAUUCUGGAAAUGUCUACUCCUUGAUCUGGGACUUUGUUGUGAGGAUCAACGGUAUUGAUUACACCAAUAAUCUACCUUACUAUGGAGAUGGUAUCAUCAUAUUCAGGGACUUCCACUCGUUGAAAUUAUUGACCCGCUACAUGUGGAUAUUUUACAAUGGGAAACGCAGUGCUGAUAUUUUCUUGAGCCACUCCUACUGGAACCAGACCUGUGGACUUUGUGGAACUUUUGAUGGAGAUAAAUCUAAUGAUUGGAGUCUACCAAGUGGGCAAUUGGCCGAUUCAGUGGUAGAUUUUGGUAACAGCUAUGUUGUGAGGGAAGAUGAGUGCAGUGAUAUCAGACCAGAGCCAGUUGAUCCUUGUGAAGUGGAUUCAGAAGCCUCGAGGAAUGCAGCUGACCUCUGCUCAGUACUUUUGAACAAAGACGGACCGUUUGCACCAUGUCAUGAGUACCAAAAUCCUGAUCCAUUCUAUGAUUCUUGCAAGUAUGACAUCUGUGCACUGGGUGAUGAAUACCUAUGUGACAGCCUGAGUCAGUACGCACAGGCUUGUAGACAGGCCGGUGGACAACCCGACGAUUGGAGAUCAGAAACGCCCCAAUGUCCCUUUGAAUGUCCUGCAAAUACUGUCUAUGACCCAUGUGCUAAUGGAUGUCCAGAGACCUGUUCAUCAGCCACGAGUUCUGUACCUUGUAAUGUGACUUGUCAAGAGACCUGUCGGUGUGCUGAUGGCCUAGUGAGGGAUGGGGAUCAGUGUGUUGAUCCUUCACAAUGUGGAUGUACAUUGGAGAAUGAUGUCUAUGUUCCACCUGAAGGAGUGUGGACCAGCCCUGACUGUUCUCAACAAUGCAGAUGUUCCAGAGGGAUAGCAGAAUGUGAGCCUUACGCCUGUGGAAGGAAUGAAGAAUGUCGAGUCAAGAAUGGUAUCCCAGAUUGCUAUUGUCAAGAUGGAUACUAUUUGGUUGAUGGCUUUUGUGUUCAAGCUCCUGGCCUGUGUCAAGUUUGGGGCGACCCUCACUAUAUGACCUUUGACCAGAGAAAGUACAACUUCCAAGGAGAUUGUGACUACACAUUGGUGAGAGAUUGUCAGAACUCCAGUGGCUUCCAUCUCUGGGCUGAUAAUGAGAAACGUAAUCCUUCGGAUGAGGUAUCGUACAUCAGGGAACUGGUCCUGGAGGAUUCUGGGAAUGUCUACUCCUUGAUCUGGGAUUACAGAGUACGGGUCAAUGGCAUUGAUGUGACAGAUAAUCUUCCCUACUUUGGUGAACAGAUAAUCAUCUUCAGGUUUUUCAAAUCAUUGAAAUUGCUGACACCUUUCAUGUGGGUGUCCUACGACGGGAGACGCAGUGCUGAUAUAUUCUUGAGCUACUCUUACUGGAACCGGACCUGUGGUCUUUGUGGAACUUUUGAUGGAGAUAAAUCCAAUGAUUGGCAGCUUCAAAGUGGAGAACUGGCAAGUAACCCUACUGAUUUUGGUAACAGUUGGGUUGUGACUGUAGAUGAGUGCGAUGAUGUCAGACCUGAACCACCAGAUCCUUGUGUAGAGAAUUCCAUUACGGCUCAAGAUGCGGAAAGUCUGUGCAACAUUCUUAUUACUGAUGAUGGACCCUUUUCUCCCUGCCAUGCUUUCUUGAGUCCUGAUCCAUUCUAUGAUUCCUGCAAGUAUGAUAUCUGUGCACUGGGUGAUGAAUACCUAUGUGACAGUCUGAGUCAGUACGCACAGGCUUGUAGACAGGCUGGUGGACAACCCAACGAUUGGAGAUCAGAAACACCCCAAUGUCCUUUUGAAUGUCCUGAUAGGACAGUGUACGAUCCUUGCUUCAGUGGGUGUCCAGAGACCUGUUCCACUGCAUCGUCGCCAGUGCCAUGCAACGCAACCUGCCAGGAGACGUGCAGGUGUAUGGAUGGGUUAGUUCUCAUCGGGGAAGAAUGCGUGGACCCCUCUCGCUGUGGAUGUACCCUUGACAGCGGCUUGUACCUACCAGUUGGUGAGAUCUGGACUAACCCUGACUGCUCUGAACAAUGUUCCUGCUCAGGACCGGGGGAUCUUCGGUGUGAUCCCUUUACCUGUGGCCAGAAUUCUGAGUGUGAUGUCAAGAACGGUGUACCUGACUGCUACUGUCAAGAAGGAUAUAUUCUUUAUGAUGGUAGAUGUAUCGAAGGACCAGGACUUUGUCAAAUCUGGGGUGACCCUCACUAUUUGACCUUUGACGGUCGCAAGUAUUCCAUCCAGGGAGACUGUGAGUACACCAUGGUGCGGGAUUGUCUCAACCAGACAGACUUCCACCUCUGGGCGGACAACCGUCGCAACCGUCCUUCCUCGGAGGUAUCCUCCCUUGGCAAACUGGUCCUGGACUACGAUGGUCAUAGCUAUGCCCUCGGGAGACGUCAGAGGGUGACCGUGGAUGGUGUGAGGGUUAGCAUGCCAUUCAUAUCUCAGAAUCGGGACAUCGAGAUUUGGUCCACCGGAAGACCUGGAAAUGUGAUUCUACAAACAUCCUUUGGUCUCAUGAUCAAGCACAAUGGGCAAAGAUCAGCCGAUAUCUACCUUCAGAGGUCAUUCUGGAAUAGAACUUGUGGUCUCUGUGGAACCUUUGAUGGAAACCCUGAUAAUGAUUGGACGGAUGCUGAUGGUGUGGUCAGGCAGAGGGGAGAGAAGAAGGAUUUUGCAAACAGCUGGGUUGUGAACAGAGAUGAAUGUAGUGACAUCAUUCCAGAACCCAUCGAUCCUUGUGCCGAGGGUGCGGACACACUGAAACAAGCUGAAGACUUGUGCUACAUUCUUCUACAACCAGAAGGUCCAUUCUCACCAUGCCACGAUUUUGUUGACCCUGCCGACUACCAUACGGCUUGCAAGUAUGACCUGUGUGCCAGGCUCCCUGAUGAUGAGUAUCUCUGCGAUAGUCUGAAUGGCUAUGCAUCUGUAUGUAGACAGGCUGGUGGUGCUCCUGGCGACUGGCGGUCUGAGACUUCUCAAUGUGCCUAUGAAUGUCCUGGAGACUCGGUGUAUGAUCCCUGUGCUUCAGCGUGCCCUUCAACCUGUUCAGACCUCUCCAGCGCCUUCAACUGUACACUGCCUUGUAUAGAGACCUGUCGCUGCCCCGAUUCCAUGGUCCUAGAUGGCACCGAGUGCGUUGACCCUCGGGAGUGUGGGUGCACUCUGGACAAUAAUAUAUACCUCUCGCCUGGAGAAUCCUGGAGCAGUGAUGACUGUUCAGAGACGUGCACCUGUGUGUCUGGAGAGGUCAUCUGCAUGGAGAACACCUGUCAUCAGUUCUCUAACUGCGAUAUCAAGGAUGGCAUCAAGAAGUGUUACUGCUUUGACGGCUGGAGGGGCGAUGGCUAUAAUUGCACAAGAGAUCCUGGCACUUGCACAGUGUGGGGUGACCCUCACUACGAGACAUUUGAUGGGCGCAAGUUCCAUUUCCAUGGAGAGUGCCACUACACCCUCGUACGAGAUUGCUACAACGUGACCUCUCACCCCUCUUUCCUCAUCAGCUCUGGUAACAUCAAGAGGGACCCAGAGGAUAGGGUAGCCUAUAUCUACGAUAUCAGAUUAGAAAUCUAUGGAAAGGAUAUCUUGCUGACUUUAGGCGGUGGGGUGUACCUUGAUGGCGUCUCUGUCAAUGUUCCAGUCAGCAUCAAUUCAGGACAAAUCUUUGUCUUCACUUCAGGAAAAGAUACUGUCAUAACGACUGAUGUUGGAAUAAAGAUCCAAUGGAACAACAGAAACACGGCAACCAUCACUGUGCCUUCGUGUUACCAUGGUGCUCUUUGUGGACUGUGCGGGAACUAUGAUGCCAACCCCGAUAAUGAUUUCAGACUUCUCAACAAUGUAUUGGUAAGAAAGGCCAUAGACUUUGGCAAUGGCUGGGUUCUUCCAGAUGAUGUUAACUGUCUCGACUCUAUCGAUGAGCCAGAGCCGUGUCAAGAGAAUGAAGACUUCCUGUUUGCUCAGGAUGCUUGCUUCAUUGUAUUAGAUCCUGAAGGACCCUUUGUGCCAUGUCAUCCAUACCUCGACCCAACCCCAUUCUUUGAGUACUGUUCAUACGAUGCCUGUGCCACCUCACCCAACGAUACAGUGGUCUGUGAUGAUACCAGCGUGUACGCCGACAGGUGUAUCGAACUGGGUUACCCACCAAACACAUGGCGUUCUGCAGACUUCUGUCCGUUUGAAUGCCCCGAUGGCUUCGUCUAUUCCUCCUGUGCCCCUGCAUGCCCAGAGACCUGCUUUGACACCACCCCAGGGGAGGGUUGUGAUGAGGAAAGGGAGUGCCGAGAAGGGUGUGUCUGCCUGGAGGGAAUGGUUCUUGCUGAUGGAGAGUGCAUAGUGAGAGAGGAAUGCGGGUGUGUCUUCACAGAGGGAGACCUUGAGGUCUAUCUUCCGGUUGGUGAGAGCUUUGUAUCUGUGAACUGUUCACGUGUUUGUACCUGCGAAGCUGGAGCCAAUCAGGUGUGUGAAUCCAUGUCGUGUGACCCCAAUGCUUACUGUGGCGUCGAAGAUGGGGAGAGGAGAUGUAUCUGCAUGGAAGGAUACCUUGGUGACGGCCUGGAUUGUAUUGAAGUCACAGAAAUGCCAACCACGCCGAUGAUUACUACAACAGCUGAUUUCACCACAACACCACAGUUUACAACAGAUUUUACCACAAGAUUUACAACAGAUAUGACUACAGAUUUUACAACCCAGUUUACAACAGAUCUUACAACUGAUUUAACCACUGAGUUCACAACUGAUUUCACAACAGACAUGACUACAGAUUUAACAACACAAUUUACAUCUGCUAUAACUACUGAUUUUACAACAGAUUUCACUACAGACAUGACUACAGAUUUAACAACACAAUUCACAUCUGAUUUUACAACUGAUUUCACUACAGACAUGACUACAGAUUUAACAACACAAUUCACAUCUGCUAGAACAACUGGUUUUACAACUGAUUUCACUACAGACAUGACGACAGAUCUAACAACACAAUUCACAUCUGAUAUACAUGUAACUACUGAUUUUACAACGGAUUACACCACAGACAUUACAACUGAUAUUACUACAGAUUUGAAAACAGAUAUAAAUGAAAAAACAACAAAAUUAACUACAUAUUUGACAACUUCAGAUGUCACAACAGAUUCCACUACAGAUGUAACUUCACAAAUUACAACAGAUUUUACCACUGAUUUCACAACCAAAUUUACAAGAGAUGUUACUUCAGACCUUACCACAGAUGUAACUACAGAUUUUACCACUGAAUUUACAACUGACUCUACAACUGUAUUUACUACUGACUUUACUACAGACCUUGCCGCAGAUGCAACUACAGAUUUUACGACAGAUAUGACAACAGAUAUCACUACUAACACCAGCAGUAAAUUUACUGAAGGUUUGACUGAGCCACUUACAACAACCUCUACCACUGGCUACAGUACAGAAUAUUCAGCCAGCCCUUCUACCAAAGGAAUGACCACAGAUCUUGCCACAUCAGUGAUGAUAGAUAAUUCUACAAAGGGUAUGAGUACAGAUUUGGUGACAUUAGGAUUGACUACAGAUCAAUUGACUGUUGGAUUGACAACAGAUCCACCCACCAAGGGUGUAACAAGUGAUUUAUCAACAAUGAGAGCAACGACUGAUGUAUCUGUCACUAGUGAUCCAUUGACCAUGGGGGUGACGGAAGAUAAAUCUACAGUCGUUCUUACAACGGAUAAAUCUACAGUUGGUGUCACGGACAAGUCUACUUUGGCUGUCCCUGACAAAUCUACUGUGGGACCUACGGAUAUACCUACAUUGAGUUUAUCCACAAUGGAUAUAACAAUGAGCAUGCUGUCCAAAGGAUUGACCACAGAGUCAUCCACCAGAGGGUUGACAACAGAUUUGGGAAUAGUUUCUGAACCUCCUGAAAUAAGCACAACUAACAAAAUGACAACAGAACAGACAUCAGACAAGUCAACUGUGCUGGUUACAUCAGAGAGAACGGUGUCUACUGUUGUGGAUAGCAAAACAACAACUGAACAGUCCAUUUUUACCACACCUAAAAGAGAUCUUUCCACUAAAGCUAUGUCUGAUUUUACAAGUAAUCAAAUAACGACUGACAACUUUAGUCCAACUAGUCGAUUACUAACUCGAGACCUCACAGAAAUAAAGACCACUACUAUCUUGCCAACUGAUAAUUUUUCUUCUGUAGGAAGUACUGCAAAGGCAGUCAUUUCAACAGAAUCAAUAGAGGUUACCACAUCCAAGACAACCCAAGGGUCUGAAGCAAAAACUACCGAUGAAAUAGGAGCUACUACAAGGCCAGUCACUCCUACACAAAGAAUAGAAUCAACAACUCGGAUGAAAACCCAAGUUUCUGAUGUUGCCACUACUGACAAAGUAGAUAUUCAAACCACUAGCUUGCCAGUGUCAACCACAUUCACGACCCCCGUAUUCACAACAUCCGAGAUUUUGGAUAAUAGUACAACAAUAGAGACUACCACUGACUUGACAAGUUUACCAGUAAUAGACAACUCAACCACAAAGGGGCUUAGCACUGAGCCACCUUCCACCAAAUCCACUACCACAAGUGCCCUUGAGUACACAUCAAUACACACAACAGAUAUGGUUGUCAUAGAAACUACAUCAAGGGGUGUGACAUCAAAAAUCGAUGUUACCACAAGAGACUCGGGAACCACUGAAAAGUCUGCUGAUAUCACUACAUCUGCCAUUGCUAGCACAAAGGCAAUGAGCUCUCCCGAUAUGUCUACACCAGAAAUAGAACUAUCGACAACAUCUGGCGGGGGAACUCCUACAGCACCCAUCAUGGUUUCCACGACGCAAGAGCAAGCAGAAGUGACCACCAGUUCAGGGUUCAGUACCACUGGUGAAGUUGUUAGAACUGAUGCAACAACUGUUGAUGUGGGUUCAACCACCACCACCACAGGGCAAGCAACAUCCACAACUGAAGUUGGUAAUGCUACCACUCCAGUCAUGGUGACAAGUUCUGAUAUGGGUUCGAGCACCACAGAGCAAGGAACGUCAACAACUGAAGUUGGUAAUUCUACCACUCCAGUCAUGGUGACAAGUGACGAUAUGGGUUCAACAUCUGCCACAGAGCAAGCAACAGCCACUUUCACUGAAGUUCUGAAUGCCACCACUCCUAUCAUUGUGACAAGUGAUGCUUUGGGUUCAACAAUUACUACAAAUCAAGGAACAUCCACAACUGAAGUUGGAAAUGCAACCAUUCUAGUCAUGACAAGUGAAAUUGUUGUCACGAGUGGCGGACAGACAACCAGGUCAGGGACUAGCGCAAAGGUCUCUACUGUUGCAGCCGUUUCUAGCACUGAGGCUGGCACCCCAACAGACAUUAUGGCUCCUGCUACUACAACAGAUUCUCUUACUACGUCAAGCCUUGCAAGCGAUGGGACUACAACUUCUGCAACAACUUCAGAGGAACCACGAUUAACUACAAAGGAUUUGACAACUACGGCAACAACUCUUGGCAUGACCACUGAAUCGAGACAGACAACCAGAGGACAGACAACUCAAGAAACGACGACGGAGGCCCAGACAACUACGCCCCCUAUCGAAACGUCCUCUUGUCGCGUUUGGGGCGACCCUCAUUACGUAACAUUCGACUCUAGAACCUUCCACUUCCAAGGUCAGUGUAACUACACGCUCGCGAAGCUUUGCAACGAGUCUCUGGAAAAUGAUGAUCGUUCGUGGUUCGACAUCGUCAUCGACAACAGAUUAAAAGUCGUGGACGGUUCGACGUCAUACCUCAGACAGAUUUAUCUCAAUAUUUCGUCACAUACAAUUUCGUUACUACAAGGUCGUGUUGUAUUGCUUGAUGAUGUUCUCCAACGCCUCCCUUACUACUCUCCAAGUGGGCUCUACAUUACCUAUGCUGGUCGAUACGUGGUUGUGUCGACCAGUACAGGUUUGGUUCUGCGAUGGGAUGGUGACGGCGGGAUAACACUGACUUUACCUCCAGCCUACAGCGGCGCCACCUGUGGUCUAUGUGGAGACUUCAACGGAAAAGCCUCCGAUGAUUUCGCUCUUCCCGACGGCUCAUUGGCGUCGAAUUCAACAUCUUUUGCUCAGGGAUGGAGUCUCGAUGAUGUCUGUGCUGAUAUCAACCAAGUAGACCCGUGCUCUUCCGACUUAGAACUACUUUCUAAUGCUCAAAGUAUAUGCAGUGUUCUUUCAAGUGGCGAAGCAUCUGCCUUUUCAGACUGCCAACAAUCUGUUGAUUCUACAUUCUAUUAUGAAUCGUGCGUCUACGAUGUCUGUGCCGAGCUACCGGGCGAAGGUGGAGCCAACUGCGACGCAUUCGCCGCCUACCACCAGGCUUGUCUGGACGAAGGUCACACGUUUACUGAAGAAUGGAGAACCCCGGGCUUAUGUGAAUCGGCAUGCAGUAGCAAUGCGACGUACCAGACCUGUACCUCAUCUUGCCCCGCGACAUGCCCUGGUCGCGCCGUGGAUCCUCCGUGCGAUACCCGAUGUGUGGAAGGAUGCGCUUGUGAUGGCGGGUACUUACUAGACGAUGACGCAUGCGUACCUAUCAGCCGUUGUCAUUGUGAGCGUGAUGGAUCCUUCUAUUCCGCUGGAACUUCAAUACUCUCAAGCAGUUGCUCUGAAUUAUGUACGUGUGUGAAUGGACUUUUCAUGUGUGAAGUGGUCUCAUGUGAUGAGAAUGCAAGCUGUGGAAUAGAUGCAAACAAUGAUACGACAUGUGUCUGUAAUGCUGGUUAUGAAGGAGAUGGGUACACUUGCUUGGCCAUUGUAUAUGAUCUUCAGGUAUGCACUGUCUAUGGUGACCCACAUUAUGUCACCUUUGAUGGACGAGACUUCACCUUCCAAGGAGAUUGUGUACACACAUUGGUCACCUCAGAUUGCAUCAACGGUACCUCAGACGAAACCUUCAGUGUCAUGGCUACAGCGGCGAAGGAUGGUGCUGCAGACAACUUCACGUACACCAGGGAACUUAGUGUGAAUGUUAACGGACUGGCUAUCACCAUGACAACUACUGAUAUAUUCCUUGAUGGUGUGCGUGUCAAUGUUCCUUUCUACAAGAGCAAUGUAUACUUUACACAGAGUGGAGAAUAUAAGGUUGUGAUGACUGGCUAUGAUCUGGCAGUAAGAUGGGAUGGAGUGAGCACAGCCGAGGUGUGGCUCUCCGAGUACUACGCCAGCAAUGUGUGCGGACUGUGUGGUAACUUGGACGGUGACGUUAGCAACGAUUUCACCAAACCUGACGGGUCGGAAGCAACAUCCAGUGAAGAGUUUGGGGACAGCUGGAGUGAUGGUAGUCUAUCAUGUCCAAUGACACCUCCGGACGUUGACCCAUGUGCUUCAGAUACCACCCUCAGGGAUAUUGCUAUCUCACAAUGCUCAAUUUAUCUCAAUGAUACAGAUGUGUUUGGAGAUUGCCAUUCAUCAAUCCCCUUGGAUCCUUUUUAUGAGAAUUGUUUGUAUGAUAUGUGUGCCACAAACGUGGAUACUUCUGUGCUAUGUAACAUCGUUGAGGUGUAUGCUACACGAUGUGAGCUUCAGACUGAUUGGAGACGCACUGUAGAUGGUCCCUGUGCUUAUGAGUGUCCAGCAAACUCUGUGUACAGCUCUUGUGUGACAGAAUGCCCCUCAUCCUGUGCCGACCUCGGAACAAUUGAACAGUGCACAAGUCUAGAGCUGGGAUGCACAUCUGGAUGUGUAUGCGAGGAAGGAUUUGUGUACGAGGGCGACCAGUGUAUUGUCUCUAGUCUUUGUGGGUGCACCUACGAUGGCCUCUAUUUCAUGAGCAACGAAGAGUACAUCCCAGAUGGAUGUGGCCAGCGUUGCGUGUGUGAUGGUUUAACCCACAUGAUGGCAUGUGAAUCCAUCCAGUGUGCUUUCAACGGUAUUUGUGAGAUCAGGGACGGAGCCAGAGCAUGCUACUGUCAAGAUACAGCGAAUGACGACACCUGCUACAAUGCAACAGUGGGAUACACCAUUACCCUUGAGCAUGCUACAAGGUCCACCCUGACUAUCGCCUGGACAGCAGACCAGGCGGUCACAUCGGUCAUUAUCCAGUAUCGUGUCCUAGAUGAUGAGGUCUGGUCAAACAGCUCCAACGUGGAUGCAACAAGGCAGAUUAUUAUCCUGGAUGGUUUGACAGCCUCACAGUCCUAUCAAGUUAGAUUUGUGUUUGUAGGGGAUUCCUUCUAUACGAGGUCAUCUGUUGAGGUGUUUGAUACCUGCUCUCCCGGAGUGCAGGGUCCAGAGUGUACAACAGACUACAGCAGCACAAGUGCAUAUGACUUCAAUCUGGUGUAUGCCACCAGCGCCUCUCUGGAGCUUGAAUGGACCCUACCUGGGAUCGUGGAAAUCCAAUGGGUGCGCCUCCGGUACCGCGAAUCAUCCACAGAUCCUUGGAACAACGGCACUCUCCUAGAAAGCAUGGCGACCUCCGAUGUCAUCCAGGGUCUGGCUGAGCUGACAUCUUACCAGGUACAGGUGGUCAUCGGACUGUCCAGCGGGGAGCAGGCAGAGAGUGCCGUACUGACCUUGCUAACCUGUAGCGGUGGGAUGGCUGGUCUCAACUGUGAAGGAGCUGUCCCCAUUGAUGCAAGCGUGGACACGGUCAGUAGUGACUUUGUGACAGUAACCUGGACAGUGUACGUGACCGUCGACCAAGUAGCCGUCCAACACCGUGUCACCACCUCUCCACAGGCCCGCAUCCUAAUCACUGCCGAUGGUUGGACCGAGGAGCCACCAGUUCCAGCGGAUCGUGGGUUGUACAACAUAGAAGGGUUGGAGCCAGGUGUGACGUAUGACUAUCGUCUCAAACUGAUCAAUGACACGCAGGAACGGUUUGGAGAAACUAAUCAGGUUACGCUGUGUCCAGAAGGAUUCCAGGGCGCUAAUUGUGAAAUCAACUAUGCAGAACUCGGAGCUUACGAUGUUCGCCUUGUCGAAGCCAUGUCCUCAUCGCUCAAUGUCACCUGGAAGACCACUGUUUCCAUCAUCUGGUCACAGGUGCAGUACAAACGGACUUCGGAUACCUCUGACCUGUGGGUGUCCACCAACCAGCUCCAACCCUCGGAGACAGAGGUGCUUCUGAGUCCCCUGGUGGAGGAUACAGCAUACAGCGUCAGGGUACUUGUCACCAGAAUGGACGCAUCUUCCACCAUCAGCGAUGUGGUCCAGAUGAAGACCUGUGUGGCAGGUUUCAGAGGUCUCAACUGUGAGAUUGAAACGCCAGUUGUUACCAGUACACCCAGUCCAACCACCAUGCAGACCUCACCUCCUACAGAAGCCACCACCAUAGGACUGACCACACCCUCUACCAUGGGGGUGACUUCACCCCCUUCCAAUGCUCCUACCACCAUUACUGCACCCCUCUACAUCAUUGAGACUAUUGGAAAGACCAGUACGUCUCUGACAUUCAGUUGGGCUCUCCAGCAAGCCAGUGUGGCUCAGGUAUCAGUGGAGUACAAACCAAAUCUUUCCCAGAUAGCUUGGACACAGGUUCCUGCUUCCUCCCCAGAACAAACAUCAUUCACAAUCAACGGAUUGGCCCCAGCCAUAAGCUAUGACAUCAGACUUAUGCUGGUGUAUGAAGAUACAACAGAGGCCUAUGGGGACACAUAUACACUGCAAACAUGCAGUGAGGGAUUCAGAGGUGUUGAUUGCCAGACUGCCGAGGAGUCACCAUACAGGAUCCAACUAACGCAUGUCAACAGUCUGUCCAUCACCACUGAAUGGACGUCCCCAACUUCUGCGACCGAUGUAGUCCUACAGUACAGGAUCAGCGGCGGGACGUGGAACAACGGCUCUGUAGUGGCACGUUCAAGGGGAUUCUACAUCCUGACAGGUCUGGAUGAUAACGAGUCAUAUGACCUGAGAGGACUCUUUGCAGAGGAGCAGUCCGUCGAGUUCAGCGAUGUGAUCAGUGCCAUGACCUGUGAACAGGGCUUUGCUGGGGAAACCAUGUGUGACACUGACUACUCGGAAGUUGGGGCAUACGAUGUGGUUUUGAAUACAGCUACCAGUACCUCAUUGACUAUAACAUGGGCUGUGAGUGUUUCGACAGAGUGGCAUAUGGUUCAGUACAGAAUUGAUUCAAACUCCAUUACCCCCGAGUGGUUCAACUCCACCGAGCUGAAUGCCAGCACCACAAGCUUUACCAUCGAGGACCUCGAACCCAGUGAAACCUACAGAAUCCGGGUCUUGACCCGUAGGACAUCGGUGGCUGGUCGAAGGAAGCGAGCUGACAUUGCCGAGAAUGUAGGCAUCAGCGCCGAGGUUCUCUAUGUCACCUGUCAGAACGGACUUCAAGGACUCAACUGUGAAGAUCCAGUUGUUGAUCCAUCCACCGAACAGCCGACUGAACCGCCCACUUUGCCCCGGCGUACAACAGUCGCACCAUCAAGUGUUCCAUGGAGGGAUAUUCUGAUCGGUCUUUUAGUGGUCUUCGGAAUUCUUGUUAUCAUCUUAAUCUUCAUUAUCAUCCUUAUUUAUGGCAAGGUCAAAAGGAGACGGACCCAGAUGGCUAAAAUUCAAGAGGUCAACAGCGGCACCCAACGGGGAUACAGACAGUCGGAUGUCCUCUACGCGACGGACAGUAACUCAUACACAUCAUCGGAGGUCGACGAUCACCACAAUGGUGUCGACUAUGGUCAAGAUGUGGUUGCCGACCCAGGUCAUGUCCGCAUCAGCAUGGUUGGUCACCGUGACAACAUGCGUGAUGCGGGAACCAGUACAAGAUGGACGAAUAGUCCGGGAUAUAACAAUGGGAUGUACAGAUAUAACGCAGCUUAUGACCCCUCAGAGGCUGACAAUAUGUAAUGUCUAAUGAAAAUAUGAAACAUACCCCCCGCUUUAGAAUAGCUGGCAAUAUUCGAAGCACUAGUAUUUAAAACAACCGAUCCAUAAUAUGUAGUAUGUCAUUCUUAGGAUGUGAUAACUAAAAUUUCAAAAGAUGCAAUGACAUAAAUUAUCUCACACAUUAGGCUGCUAGAUCAAUGCAACUUAAUGAAUUCAAUUUAAUGAAUUUACAGAGGCUGAAAAGAUAUAUAAUGUGCAAGUUUAAGUUUGAUUAUUUUCACUGAUAGAUCAAGUUAAUGAAUAAAUAAAUCAGAUAAGAAGCAUUAAUUAAUUUUGUACUAAUUCGUCAAUCACGCUGACAAGUGAUCAAUAGUAAUGUUUUUAUUUAAUAGGAUAUUUUAUAACUGUAUUGAUGCAUAAUUGUAUCAUUUAGAGCUGUUUUAUAUCAAUUGCUUUGUAUAUCAGCUCCAGAGUGAAAUUGCAUAUAAGAAUUAAAUUACAAACAUAUUAAAUGAACAAAUAGAAUUGGACUAUGUGUACCUAGAAUUAGGCAACAAUCUUCCUUUACAGCUGCAUGUAUUUGAAAGAAAAAAUAUACAGUACAAGACAUGGGUAUCCAAAUUUAUACUUUUUAUUUCUUCUUAAUAUAUUGAUGAUUGUGCAUAUAUCAGUAUUAAAUUUAUGUUGAUUUAACAGCUGAUAAACCCAAAGAGUGUUAUCCAUAUGUUUUAUAUACAUGUAUAAGUAUAUACUUGGGAUGACGUAUAAUUACAUUCAAGUUGUAUAAUUUUCAUUGGUUCUCAACUUUGAUAGAAUACUUUACCGACUUUUUGUAUUCAGUUCAUCUAUCAACAAUAUGUCACUCCAAAUCUAAAAUAUAUCCUAGGAGUACAUUAAUUUUUUCAUUUUUGAGACAUUGAUUACUUGGUAGGCAUAAGUGAUUGUGACUCCUGUUUUCAUUUAUAAUGUCUAAUUUUGCAAAGUGUUGAUUGUAAACGAUUGCAUAGACGAUAUGACCUCCAGUGACUGCUUACGUCUACUUAUAAAGGUAAAAUGCUGGGAUAUGUGACUGGAAUUUGACUUGAGAUGUUAUUUAUCCAAGUGAAAUGAAUAGUACGGAUAUCAAUUAGUUAUUCCCAAGUAUUUAAUUGUCAUGUUUUUCUUUCUAUUGAUGCACACAAUAAAGAGAGUUGAUUAUUAUAAUGAAUUGGUUAAGGAAGAGCAGUGGAAAAUAACAGUCUUGGUAUUUCAAUCUUAUUAUUGUGAUGCAUCUAUUGCCUUGUCUGUUCUGUCAAGAAAGAGGUAAUGUAAUUGACUCAAGUGCUUAAGAAUGUAAACAUAGAACAUAAAUGUUUGAUGAAUGGAUAUAUAAUGUCUUUCAGACAGAAACUUCGCAUAUUUUUUCUAAAAUGAUAGCUCCUUUCACAAAGCAAAUUUUCUUCCUCGUAAUUAUUAUCAAUAGGUACAAUAAUGAUUACUGCAUUCCCUUUGAUAUUAAUAUAGAUGCUGUCAUUUGAAUAUAAAUAGUUUACAUGGUCAUACUGAAAACAAAAGUUUUAUAUGAAAGAGUGCCUUAUUUAUUUUACAUUGAAUUGAAAUUAUGACUUUUCGGCAUUUUUAAAUCUUAUUAUUUUUUAUUCAUAUUUAGUUUCACAUAUUUUUUUCGCAAAAUAUUCACCUCAUAUAAGUAAACUACUGCAAAUCAUAAUUGAAAUAUAAUGUCAUUUCCUCUUUUUUUCUCUUUUAAUUAGUUAAGAUCCAAUUAUUUUUCUAUGCUGAUGAAAAUGUACUUUGAAUACACAGUAUAUUUUUACCCCAUGUAUCAUGUUAAAUGUCUGACAAACUUUUUGUCAUAUUUUAAAAAUUGUUUUAAUUAAAAGCUUAC